AUGCGUGCAGCGACAAAGCAGCGCACCGCAAGGACAUCUCGGGACAAGUCAGUCGUCCUCUAUCGUCAUGCGCAGAACAUUGCAACUAUCGCAGUGGCAGUAUCGCGCUCGAUUGAGGACCGUUACGUGAAAACGUCGAGCGCGCGGGGUGGGGCAGAGAGCCGAUACGGUGACGAUGGCGCCCGAACACGGCCGAUCGCCGAGUGCCGAGACGACGACUUACGAGCGGGGGACGCGGGGGUGCGCCACUUAUCGCAGCGAGCUGGCAACGUCGCGCGGGGUGGGAGCGCCCCGCGCCGCAACCUCUCACUCACCGUCGCCGGCUCACCAUCGCCAUCAUCCAGCCAGUGUUACCUUUGA